CUUUAUUUAUUUAGCGAAAUAGCCUGCAUUUCCGUUACAUUCCUUUAAAUCUUGAUACCCGAUAAACGAGGCAGAGUGAGACGUACUCUGUUGUUUCCACCUCUCUGGUUGAAUUUCCUGAUGCCUCCUUCGGCCCGCCCACGUCUUUGAAACGUAAACAGCGCCAAACUUGAGGCUCCCUAACGGGAAAAUGACAACCGAGGAGCCGCAAUGGAGAAAAGUCCAUUCCGUUACAGGAGUGAUACCGCGGUCCAGACACGGACACCGAGCAGCUGCAAUACGGGAGCUGAUUGUCGUGUUCGGUGGAGGAAACGAAGGGAUAGCGGAGUACCUCCAUGUUUACAACACUGUCUCAAAGCAGUGGUUUCUGCCUGCGGUGAGGGGAGACAUCCCGCCCGGCUGUGCUGCCCAUGGCUUUGUCUGUGAAGGCACUCGAAUACUGGUCUUUGGCGGCAUGGUUGAGUUUGGGAAAUACACCAACAGCCUCUAUGAACUUCAGGCUAGUCGCUGGCUGUGGAAGAAGCUGAAACCCAGAGCACCCAGGAAUGGCUGUCCUCCGUGUCCUAGGAUUGGACACAGCUUCACUCUUGUGGGUAACAAGUGUUACCUGUUUGGAGGGCUGGCCAAUGAUAGUGAAGACCCCAACGGCAAUAUACCAAGAUACAUGGGUGACUUGUAUGAGCUAGAGCUGCAGUCAGUAUCUGGGGCUAGAGGCUGGAGCAUCCCAGAGACAAAGGAUGGUGGUCCCUCAGCACGGGAGUCCCACACCUCGGUUGCCUACGCUGGCCUCGGCUCCCCAAAGCUCUACAUCUUUGGAGGGAUGCAAGGAUGCCGGUUAGACGACCUCUGGCAGCUUGACCUCGACACAAUGGUUUGGUCAAUGCCUGAAACCAGGGGUUCCAAGCCACUUCCCAGAAGCCUUCACUCUGCCAGUGUCAUUGGAAACGAGAUGUAUGUUUUUGGUGGCUGGAUUCCUGUUCCAGAGUCAGACAAACACAAUGCUUUAGGAACUGAAUGGAUCUGCACUAACUCCUUAAGUGUACUCAACUUAGACACUAUGAGCUGGCACAACCUGGGCCCAGAGCAGCAGGAUGAUAUUGAGUCCCAGCUGCAGAGCCAAGGACCCCAGAGUGACGACCCGUAUGCCUGUAGGCCCAGAGCCAGGGCUGGCCACUGUGCUGCCACUGUCGGGUCCAGGCUUUACAUUUGGAGCGGCCGUGAUGGAUACUGCAAGAGCUGGAACUACCAGGUGUGCUGCAAGGACCUCUGGUACCUGGAGACAGACCGACCAGCCACCCCAGAGGCAGUGUUACUCAUCAAGUCCACAGUCAGCAUGCUUCAUGUGGCGUGGCGCCCCCUGGCGGCAGCAGACUGCUACAUCCUUCAGAUCCAGCCUGUGUAUCCUCCCAGCACUGCAGCCGGUCAUCCACCAGCCAAACCAGUCGAUCCAACUAGAACAGAUGGGCUUCAGGGGAAGGAGGAAGCCUCUGCGGGUGUCCAGUCCCUUCAACUUCAAACUGAAGGAAACAGUAAUAAAGAAGCGAAAGCAUCAGCUCAGGAUGCUUCAGCACAGCAGGAAGCUACAGUAAAAUCAUCCAAUGGCUCAGCAGAGACCCUAACAGAAGGAGGGAGGGGCACUGGGAGAGCGACAGAGAAGGACUCUGAUACAAAAUGCUGCAGUACUGGACAGGAGACACCAGCAACAGAGGUCAGCAGCUCAGCUCCGCACCAGCCAGAGAAACAGCCUGUUUCAGCGGACAAGACAACAGAUUUAUACGCCCACACACACCAGGUCAAGCAGAAUCCAGAGGAAGCAGUGUGGUUUGAUGUUGGCGUGUUCAAAACACUCUUCUCGGAAGUCAGCCACUACUUUCUACCUGCUGACAGUGACCAGGCGACCGCAGCCAUCAGCAGCCGGCCCCCAAAUACUAAAGAGAGGAAGCUGCCAGGGCCUCAGGACUACCAGGGCAGAGAGAAGCAGGAGCUGGUUCCAGGUCAGACCUACAGGUUCAGAGUUGCAGGCAUCAACUUCCUUGGCCAGGGAGACUUCAGCCCAGUCAGCGAGUUCAAGACCUGCCAACCUGGUUUCCCUGGAGCUCCCUCUGCUGUCAAAAUUACCAAGGCCAACGAUUCGGUCCACAUCACGUGGGAGGCUCCCCCCUCUCCAUCAGGCCGGAUCCUGGAGUACUCCAUGUACAUGGCUGUGAGGAAGAGCCGCUCCACCAGCACUGAGCGUCUGGGUCAGAUGGCCUUCAUCAGGAUUUACCGCGGCACCAAGACAUCUUGCUCGGUCAACUCCACCCACCUGGACAACGCCCACAUCGACUGCUCCGCCUCCAACCGACCAGCUGUCGUGUUCCGCAUAGCUGCUAAGAAUGAGCAGGGCUACGGCCCAGCGACGCAGAUCCGCUGGAUUCAAGAUCCCAGUAAGUUGCGAGCAUCUGCAUCCAAAGCAGACAACAGUGCAGAGGCUGACCAGGAUGCUGCUGACAGCUCCAGCUGAACAUGUUUGGACCCAAGAAAUCGAGUUUUGGAAAAGACAAUAUGUGCUCUCAGGAAGUUGCCGAUGUACGCCACUCAGACGUUGUAUAUUUCCUAGAUAGUUUUGUUAAUUUAUUUUUUUUAUGUAUUUAAUAAUAUGUGAUAUGAUGUAGACCAAACUACAGGUAUGAUUUCAGAUGUAAACCCAAGAGCUUUUCAUCAGCCACUGGUGCUUUAUACAGCAUGUCAUGGUUUUGAAUGAAACACAGGUGGUAAGUUGUUUUCAGGACCAGUGUACAUCCGAAAGAAAAUCUAUUUUAGCGUGGACCACUUUUAAUAUCCUAUCGACUCAGUGAGUUUAUGAAAUACCAAUGAUCUCUACAGUGGAAUGUAAUUGUUGUUUUAUAAUCAGAUCGUUUACUAUGAUUCUGGUUUGGUUUGAGAUCUUUAACGUGUGUUGUCACUGUAUGUUACUACAAACAUUUUCUGUAUACAUUACAUUUCUGCAUCACAUUUGUUAGUUUAUGAUUUUGUUGCAUUUCUUUUAUUGUCGUUAUUAUCACCGGAUUGUUUGAAGUUACAAGUUUAAGCAAAAAAAAGUCAGCCCUAAAUCAAAAACUGACGCACUACUAAUGUAUCUGAUAUUAAUUAAAGGUAUCAAUAAUGCCAGAUAUUACAUGAA